GUCCCGCGCUGCGUCGGGCCGGGCUGGCUGCGGGCGCCGCUGGGCAUCAGCAGCAGCAGCAGCAGCCAUGGACUCGGCGGCCGUGGAGAGUUUCGUGGCCAAGCAACUGGACCUGCUGGAGCUCGAGAGGGACGCGGAGGUGGAGGAGCGCAGGUGCUGGCAGGAGAGCGUGUCUCCCAGGGAGCUGCAGAGCCGCGGCGUGUGUCUGCUGAAGCUGCAGGUGUCGGGCCAGCGCACCGGACUCUACGGGCGGCUGCUGGUCACGCUGGAGCCCCGGAGGGGCGGCGCCCCGGCACUGCCGAGCAACAGCUUCACUUCCGGUGACAUCGUGGGUCUGUACGAAGCCCAGGGGGACAGCCCGCUGGCCACGGGGACCCUGACCCGCAUCACCUCGCGGUGCGUCACCGUGGCCUUUGACGAGUCCCAGGACUUCCAGCUGAGCUGUGACCAGGAGCACAGCUACCGGCUGCUGAAACUCGCCAACGACGUCACGUACAGGCGGCUGAAGAAAGCCCUCGUCGCCCUGAGGAAGUGUCACUCCGGCCCCGCCUCCUCGCUCAUCGACGUCCUCUUUGGGGGUUUGGCCCCCAGCGCUGCCGGCGAGCUCCCCCCGCUGGCCCUUGGAAACGCCUCCCUGGACGCCUCGCAGCAGGAAGCUGUUCGCUUUGCUCUGUCGCAGAAGGAGCUGGCCAUCAUCCACGGGCCCCCUGGCACGGGGAAGACCACCACGGUGGUGGAGAUCAUCCAGCAGGCGGUCAAGCAGGGCCUGAAGGUCCUGUGCUGCGCGCCCUCCAACGUGGCGGUGGACAACCUCGUGGAGCGGCUGGCGCGCUGCCCGCUGCGGCUGCUGCGCCUGGGGCACCCGGCCCGCCUGCUGGACUCCAUCCAGCAGCACUGCCUGGACGCCGUGCUGGCCCGCGCCGACCACGCCCGCAUCGUGGCCGACAUCCGCCAGGACAUCGACCGGGUGCUGGCGAGCAGCAGGAGCGCGCGCGACGCGAGGGAGAAGCACGGCCUGCGCGGGGAGGUGCGGCUGCUGCGGCGGGAGCUGCGGGAGCGCGAGGAGGCGGCCGUGCUGGCCAGCCUGAGGGCGGCGGACGUGGUCCUGGCCACCAACACCGGGGCUUCCCCCGACGGCCCCCUGAAGCUGCUGCCUGAGGGCCACUUUGACAUGGUCGUCAUCGACGAGUGCGCCCAGGCCCUGGAAGCCAGCUGCUGGAUCCCCCUGCUGCAGGCCAGGAAGUGCGUCCUGGCCGGAGACCACAAGCAGCUGCCGCCCACUGUCGUCUCCCACAGGGCGGCGCAGGCAGGGCUGGCCCUCAGCCUCAUGGAGCGGCUGGCGGAGGCGCACGGGGCCGCGGCGGUCCGGAUGCUGACGACGCAGUACCGCAUGCACGGGGCCAUCAUGCGCUGGGCCUCCGACGCGCUCUACGGCGGCCAGCUCACGGCACACCCCUCCGUGGCCCAACACCUCCUGCGAGACCUCCCCGGUGUGGCCGCCACGGAGGAGACGGGCCUGGCCCUGCUGCUGGUGGACACGGCCGGCUGCGGGCUGCUGGAGCUGGACGAGGACGACGAGCAGUCCAGGGGCAACCCCGGCGAGGUGCGCCUGGUGGACCUGCAUGUGCAGGCCCUGGUGGACGCCAGGGUCCAGCCGAGGGACAUCGCCGUCAUCACGCCGUACCACCGCCAGGUGGACCUGCUGCGCCAGAGCCUGGCGGCCCGGCACCCCGAGCUGGAGAUCAAGUCAGUGGACGGCUUCCAGGGCCGGGAGAAGGAGGCCGUGGUCCUGUCCCUGGUCCGGUCCAACAGGACAGGUGAGGUGGGCUUCCUCGCCGAGGACCGGCGCCUCAACGUGGCCGUCACCCGCGCCCGGCGCCACGUGGCCCUGAUCUGCGACUCGCACACGGCCGGCCAGCACCCCUUCCUCAGGCGCCUGCUCGACCACUUCGCCGAGCACGGGGAGGUGCGCACGGCCUUCGAGUACCUGGACGACCUCGUGCCCGAAAACUACUCCCACCAGCGGGCCCAGGCCCCCGGCCCGCGGGGCGCCCGGCGAGGCGGCGCGGCAGUGGCCGGGAAGCCUGCGGGGAGGCGGCCCGAGAAGGGCGCCGCGGCGGGGGCCAGGCGGGAGCGGAAGAAGCCGGGCCCCGGGGCCCCGUCUCGGACUCAGCCCAGCCGUGACGGCGACGGGGCCGAGGGCUUCCGGGCCCAGCUGCUGGCCUUCUUGGCCAGCGAGCGGACACAGCUGCCCUUCCCCGCCACACUGAGCCCCCUGGACCGGCUGCGCGUCCACCAGCUGGCCGAGGAGCUGGGCCUGCGGCACGACAGCAGCGGGGAGGGCGCACAGCGCUUCAUCACCAUCAGCAAACGGGCGCCCGCGGCAGGGGCCGCCCCCGCAAGCCCUGCGCCCCCCGCCAGCCCCGCCCUCCCCACCAACCCCACGCCCCCCGCCGCCCCCGCCAGCCCCAAGACCCCCGCCAGCCCCGCCCUCCCCGCCAACCCCACGCCCCCCGCCCUCCCCGCGCCCCCCAGCCCGGCUCAGGCUGAGCCCCCCGCUGCAGAGGCCAGAGGCCCCGGGCCGGCCCCGCCCGACCUGAAGGCGCUGCAUCAGGAGAGGCUGCAGAGGGGGCGCGGCCGGCAGGAGCCGCCGGCCAGGGAAGGGGCGCGCAAGGCCCCCCAGAAAAGCAAGAAGAAAGAGCCCAAGGGGCCCGCGGCCCCGGAGCUGCCGGGCGGGGACGACUUUGACGCGCUCAUCUCGGCGGCCGUGAAGGCCGACAGCACGUGCGGGAUGCCCAGCUGUGCGGCCAGCGUGGUGACCCUGGGCCAGCUGUGCGCCCACUGCAACCGCCGCUACUGCCUCAGCCACCACCUGCCCGAGGUCCACGGCUGCGGGGAGCGGGCGCGCGCCCACGCCCGGCAGCGGAUCAGCCGGGAGGGGGUCCUGUACCCCGGCAGCGGGCCCCGCGAGCGCGGCCUGGACGCCGCCAAGCGCGCGCAGCUGCAGCGGAAGCUGGACCGGAGGCUGGACGAGCUCAGCAGCCAGAGGCAGAGCCGCAGGAGGGACCGGAAGUGAGGUGGCCGCUGGGCCCGCCCCAGGUGGUCACUGCACCCGGCUCCGGCCGGCCUCGGGGGAGAGAGCCACCCCCUCCUGGGCCCUCAGAAGCACAGAUGGACACGCGCUGACCCAGCCUCAGGCUUGGGCCUGUCGCUGGCAUCUCGGCUAGGCAACAACCAAAUAAACAAACAGACGCACAGUG